AUGGCUACUAUCAAAAAGGCAAAGGCCCAGAGGCCGCAGUCCCAGACCUGGGAGGAGUUCAGUCGCGCGGCCGAGAAGCUCUACCUCGCGGACCCGAUGAAAGCACGGGUGGUUCUCAAAUACAGGCACACCGAUGGGAAUUUGUGUAUUAAAGUAACAGAUGAUUUAGUUUGUUUGGUGUACAGAACAGAUCAAGCUCAAGAUGUGAAGAAGAUUGAGAAGUUCCACAGUCAGCUGAUGCGACUUAUGGUAGCCAAGGAGUCCCGCAGUGUUACUAUGGAAACAGAAUGACA